AUGGACAGUGAUGAACCCAGCGAUAGCUAACGAAUUCCGUCUUCAAUAGGCUGGAAUAUGACCCCAGCUCCUCAAACCCCAAUAGAAGACCCGUCAUCUAACAGUGUAUACUAGUUAUGGCUUCAUAAUUAGCGGUAGCCAAGCUCUACUGGCACACCUUAUUUCAAUUCUGGCACAUAUAUUACUAAUAUUACAACAUCCUCAUAACUAACAAAUCAAACAUAAGGAUAGUAAAUUCAAAUCAACACAUACAAACAACAAUAGAUUUAAUAGCAAUAAGAUGUUGAAAUGGCCGAUGAUUAAAAAAUAAAGCCAAGAAUUAGGUUUAAAGAUCUCGGAACCAAGAAAUAUGAAAGAUCAAACUAUAAGCAUUACCUAGAAAUGCUAUAGCUAGACUAAAGAUUUAGACACUAGACUAUAAAAGAUGUGUUCAGAAUAGAUGAAAUACAGCAUUUGGUCUUUAUAGAUACUAGAGAUGUCCUAAACUCAACAUUCUAAGUAUAAUGGCUAGGAUUUAGGAGUUGGUGUACUCUUUAAACUGGUUAAUAACUCUUAAUGGAAAAAACCAGUUCCCCUCACAGAGUCUUCAUGAUUAAGCAAGCAAUAGAGAGAACUUAUCAAAUGCCAGAAUUUCACUGUGAUUCUAAAAAGAACAAAUGCGGAGGGAUGAAAUACUGCCCUAAAUUUCAUGAAGAAGAUAUGAAGGCAUAGCUGGAUAGUUUGGAUGAAAACUGCCAAAUGUACUUCAAUUAUGGAAAGGUUUUUGAUGAGUUGGAGGAAAUGACUCUAGUAUCCGAGAAUUAUUACAUGCUAACUGAAAUGAGAAAUUACUUCUAUUCCUUGAACACUGAUUAAUAGAUUGAGUUCGCACUCAGUUUCUACAACAAGUAUUCUAACUAAUUUGAAAAUUACUAAGAGGAGUUUUCUAACGUAUUAGAAGAAUCAAUUCGAUUUGUCUAUAAGAAUUACAGAGGAGUUGAGUUUGAUUCACAAAUUAAAGAAGAUAAGAAUGUCAAAAAAUCAAGAGGAAAAAAAUGA